CAGUUUUAGAAUUAUCAGCGAGCGGGAGUGCAUUGAAAAUAAUAUAUUCCAUACGGUCCAGUGUCUCAGAGGCUUAUCUCUGAACUUAUGACAUAGAAUUAUCUCAAGAGAGCAUAGAAUCGAACGAUUAACUAUAAAUCUAGCAAACUUAGCCGACGGCACUUCAGUUUAUAUUACAACUGAGUCGCGGUCGUGCAUCUAUAAAUUACAGUCGCUAUGCUAAAGUUUCUGAUCGUGGUUCUGGCCUUGUGCAGUGUGGCCUUUGCCGAGUGGCAGCCCAAGACUGGCGAUGAAAUCAAGAAAAUCCGCGUGGAGUGCCUGAAGGAGAACCCUCUGAGCAACGACCAGGUGGCCCAAUUGAAGCAGCUGGUCUUCCCCAAUGAGCCGGAGGUGCGCAAGUACCUGGAGUGCACUGCCACCAAACUGGAGAUAUUCUGCACCGUCGAGGGCUACCACGCCGAUCGCCUGGCCAAGCAGUUUAAAAUGGAUCUGACCGAGGAGGAGGCCCUGAAGAUCGCCCAGGGCUGCGUCGACUCCAAUCCGCAGCAGAGCCCCUCGGAUGUGUGGGCCUUCCGUGGACAUCAGUGCAUGAUGGCCAGCAAGAUCGGUGACAAGGUGCGGGCCUUUGUUCGGUCCAAGCAGGAGGGAAAGGCUUAAGGUUAAGAGUUCUUUGUUAACAUUAAAUAAAAAUAUUUUCGCGCAAAUUUGUGCGGGAAUGCAACCAUUCGAA